GCAUGCGUGGCCUUGAGGGCGUGGUGUCCGGGGCUGCGGCCUUGCCACCGCCCCUGCGGCCAGGCGCCACCGAUGGCGUUUCUGAGGUGAAGCGCUGCUGGCACCGACCCUCUCUCGGGGCGGGGGCAUCACCCAUGAACCUCUCGUCGGCCCUCUUCGUCCGGCGCCAGAACAUCGGAUCAGAAGUUGAUAAUUCCACUAUUGAGAAACAAAGGAAGGAGCUGCAGUUGCUCAUUGGAGAACUGAAAGAUCGAGAUAAAGAACUCAAUGAUAUGGUUGCAGUGCAUCAGAGACAACUUCUUUCAUGGGAAGAGGAUCGGCAGAAAGUGUUGACUUUGGAGGAACGUUGCAGCAAAUUAGAAGGUGAGCUGCAAAAGAGAACCGACAUAAUCAAGUCACUCAUGAAAAAGGUCAAGAUCCUUGAAUCCAAUCAAACAGAAUGUCAGACAGCUCUUCAGAAGACUCAGCAACAGCUUCAGGAAAUGGCUCAAAAAGCUACACACUCUGCUCUUCUCUCAGAAGACCUUGAGGCUAGAAACGAAAAUCUCAGCAGCACAUUAGUGGAACUUUCUGCUCAGGUAGGACAAUUGCAAGCUAGAGAACAGGCCCUCACUACCAUGAUAAAGCUAAAGGACAAAGAUAUUAUUGAGGCAGUCAAUCACAUUUCAGACUGUUCGGGUAAAUUUAAAUUGUUAGAGCAUGCUUUACGUGACGCUAAGGUAGCAGAGACUUGUAUUGUGAAAGAAAAACAAGAUUACAAGCAGAAAUUGAAGGCACUUAGGAUUGAAGUCAAUAAACUGAAAGAGGACCUAAGUGAAAAGACAACAGAAAACAACGAACAAAGAGAAGAGAUCAUUCGCCUCAAGCAAGAGAAGAGUUGUCUACAUGAUGAAUUGAUUUUUACUGUUGAGAGAGAAAAGAGGAAAGAUGAGUUACUUGAUAUUGCAAAGUCAAAGCAAGAGCGCACAAAUUCAGAGCUGCACAGUCUGAGACAGAUUUAUGUAAAACAACAGAGUGACCUGCAGUUUCUUAAUUUCAAUGUAGAAAAUUCUCAGGAAUUAAUACAGAUACAUGACUCAAAGAUGGAGGAAUCAAAAGUUCUGGAAUGCAGCAGAGACUUGUGCUUAUCAGACCUUGACAAUAACUACCCAAAAAUCGAUAUUAAGAGAGAGAGAAAUAAGAAGUCAUUGGUUAAGGAUCAAAAGUUUGAGGUCACGUUGACUCAGCACAAUAGGUCAGACAAGAGCUGUUGUGAUGCAUGCAAAGAGAAGAAGCUACAGGUUAAUACUUCGUUUGGGGAAAAAAGUGUAAUUGCUCUCUCAUCUCUAUUUACCAAAGACUUACUGGAGAAACAAAAGUCUUGGUCUCUGGGUGGAAAAAUCAAGACUGAACCUGAAAGCAAAAUUAAACUAUGCAGGCUUCAUGCAAAAUCACCAAAAGGCAAUGGAGUGGAGUUUCAGAUGGAAGAGAAGCGGCUUUCGGAGACAUCCAUCUCAAUACCCGAUGAGAAGCAGUGGCAUGACAUCAACGUUUUUCUGGGCCUUUCCAACUGCCCUGCCUGCAAACAGCCAGAAAAGCUGGAUGGUGACUGCCACGACCCUGCAGAACCACCUGAAAUUUCAUGCUGCACCCAAAAUGAAGCCUGUAUAAAUGACAGUGACCUGUAUGAGUCCAAGUGCUGCCACCCAAGUAACAUCAUCAUCGAAGCUCCAGGGCACAUGACUGACGUAGAGUGGAUGAACAUUUUCAAACCUUCCAAAAUGCAACGCAUUGUUCGCCACAAAACCUUGUGCACUUGUUCAGGAGCCGACAGCAGGGUAAAAUAUAAUUCCUCAGCAAGUGAGCUCACUGGCAUUCAGUCUCCUCAGUGUUUGGGUUCCUCAAAGUCUCCUGAAAGAGAAGAUGAGUCAGAUGCACCUCCUGACAAAAGAACAUCACCCAAGAGUGUAUUCAUCAGCAAAGAUGCAGCCUUGUCCAAUGAAAAGGAUGACUUUUCUCCUACCAGUAAGCUCCAGCGCCUGCUGGCUGAGUCCCGGCAGAUGGUCAAUGAUCUGGAACUGAGCACCCUGCUGCCCAUCGGCUGUGACAAUCUCAACAGAAGUAAAUUAGAAGCCUCAGAAGAGCCAGAUGAAAAAAAAAACACCCUUGUCAGCCAUUGAAGGAAAACAAAAGUCAACUUGGUCAUUCACAGUGACCAUGUUUAGGUCACCUUUGCUUGUCCUUAUAUCACAGUUAAUAUUAAUAAGUAACUAGGAACGUUGAUAAUGUAGAGUCAAGAACACACAGUCAUCUGAUCAGUAAUUCUUUCUCUUUUGCCUGAUCUGCUUUUACUAUAUAAUUAACCUGAGUAGAAUGUCAAUUGCUUAUAAGAGAAAUACAGACCAAAAAUAUUUUUGUUCUCCAUACUGAUAAUUUUAAAUUUAAGGAAAGUGUGUAUUGAUCCAACCUUUAAAACUGGGAUCUUAGUGGUGGUGGGCAGUGGUAGCACACACCUUUAGUUUCAGCACUCAGGAGCAGAGGCAGGCAGAUCUCUUGAGUUCUAGGCCAGCCUAAUCUACAGAGUGAGUUCCAGGACAGCCAGGGCUGCACAGAGAAACCCUAUCUUGAAAAACAAAAUAAAACAAAAAUCUUAGGUGAGUCUGCUGGCACAGUCUGUAAUCCCUAUGGGGAGGCCGAUGCAGGAGAAUCAUGAGUUCAAGGCAUUUGAUCAAUCUAGUGAGAUCCUGUCUCAAAAAGAAAAGGAGGAAGGGUCCUUGAGGCCAGCCAUGGCGGCAUACACUAUGGUAAUCCUCGUAUUCAGGAAGUUGGGAGACUGUGGCAGAAAGAUGAGUUGGAGGCCAGGCUGGGCUACAUAAGCGAGACCUUGACCCAGAAAAUAAAAAUUUUCAAAAGACAUCUAAAUUUGAGCAUUGCUUCUGUAUGUCUGUCUAGAAAGAAUCAUGUAUGACUUCGAGCUUUGUGACUCUUGGGUUGUUUUCUUCUGUCAGACCUUCAUUCCUAGUGCAGGUCAAUGAAUUCCAUGGUGUAAGCGCUACAGGUGUCUCCUGUUAAGCACAAGGCCCUUUCCAGCAGGAGGGCAAGAUAUCUGAGCGGCCCUGCCUGCCUCCCCUCGCCCUCCUGCCCCUGCUCUCAUUGCUGAGAACUUUUCACGUAUACAGUACAGCAUGAGACUUUAUUGAUGAAAACCAUAUAUGUAGUCAGGGUCUCAGACACCAGGAACUCUCAGGGCACCAUCCAGUGCUAAUUCCUUUUCGUCUUGUUGACUGUUUUUGUUUUCUCCCG